CUCUCUCUCUCUCUCUCUCUCUCGCAUACACACUACUCUCAAAAAGGGCUUCUCUUCUUCCCUUUUUCUCCUCACUUCCUCUUUACACACUUUCCGCCCACCAACGAUCGUUUCUUUCCUAGUUACAUUCGUUGACGACAAGCCGACCCACUUACCGAAAUCGGCCUAUCUACAAACACUAUAACUCUAAACUUAUACACCAGCCUUUAACCAACAACCACACAACAGCAAAGAUGGGUGUCGGCCGUGUUAUCUGUGUGGCUCUGCCAUUCAUCCUCAGCGUUGGUUCCAUGAUCUUCCUGUUGGUCGCUGCUCUCGGCGGUGUUUCCAACAAGGACCUUUACAUGUUCCGCGUCAACCUCACCGAUCUCGAGAUCAACCCUGCUUCGUUAUCAAGUAUAGUCUCAAGAGACGUUAAGGCAGUCAACUUUGGCAAAUACCACGACCGUGCUCUUCUCACCGGCGAUGGUGACAACGCCAUCACCAAGGCUGCCACCGACUCCACAACCCAGACCAGCAACAUCACCGCCGCCGACCUUGGCCUCGACAACCUCUACGACAUUGCUCUCUGGGGUUACUGCACUACCGACACCAACGGCGACAAGACCUGCACCAAGGCCAAGUUCGACUGGGCUUCCUCCUACCUGAACACCUCUACCCUCGAGACCAUUGGAACUGCUGCCGGCCGCAAGAUCGAGCUUCCCGAUGAGGUCAACACCGCUCUCUCCACCUUCAAGACCGCCACCAAGUGGACUCAGGUUGCCUACAUCAUCGCCUUCAUCGCCCUUGGUCUCGAGAUCGUCUUCGGCAUCUUCGCCAACUGCACUCGCGUCAUGUCCUGCAUCACCUUCCUCGUCGCCUCCCUCGCUUCCGUCGCCGUCUGCGCUUCCGCCGCUCUCUCCACUGCCAUGUCUGUCAUCGUCGUUGGCGCUGUUGAGGGCACUGCCAAGUACUACGGUGUCUCUGCUGGCUUCAACAACAGCUUCCUCGCUCUCAUCUGGAUCUCUGCCGCUCUCGCCCUCGGCGCCGGCUUCUUCUGGAUGUUCACCGUCUGCUGCUGCGCUCCCAGCCACACCCGCAAGGACCGCAAGCUCAACAGCGACGGCGAGAAGCUUCUUCCCCAGUCCAGCAGCUACCAGCCCAUCCACGAGGAGAACGGCUUCUACAAGCAGCAGCAGGCUACUCAGUACGGUGCUCCCCGCUACGCCAGCGGUGCCCGUGGUGAGACUGCCUACGAGCCUUACUCCCACCGCUCUUAAGUUCAGCACUUGAAGGCGCGGGGUGGUAAUUUUUAAUUGUACGAGGAAGCCGUUCGAUUUGACAGCACUUUUGAUUUCAGCAUUGUUGGCGUUGGGUAACGGCUCACUAUCAUGAGAACGACGAAUACGCACGGAGGUGGAUAUGAAUGUUUAGUAGCUAUGCGGACGAAGAUGAUCGUCAGGGGGAUGACGACAGUUGAUUCCUUUAGUGGACUGCUCGGGAUUGGAGAUACCCCCAUCCAGGCUUUAUUGUCUAUAGAAUUCCAAUGCUCAUAGAGCAAUUACGAAAAUCAUACCAGAAUUUUACAAA